AAUAAUAAUAAUAAUAAUAGGAUAUAUAAUAAUAAAUAAAAUAAAAUAAAGGCAAUCUCGAGAGUCGAGACAGCGGUAGCGGAGUUUCUACUUCCGGGCCGGGACUGGCAGAGAGACGAAGAGAGUUCCAGUCGUCGAAUUGUAUCGAUCAAGAGGAAAACAGAGGAGGAGAAGAAAAGGAUUAAAAUAGCAUUGAUUUGCACUUGUUAUCGAACCAACAACGAUAACAGCAAGCCCUUAUGCAGCAAGCUUUGCUUCAACAGCAUCACAUGUACCACCCAGGCGUACUUGCUGCUGCCAUGUCUCAGGUGGAGCCGAUCCCUAGUGGAAAUCUUCCUCCUGGUUUUGAUUCGUCUACUUGCCGCAGUGUUUAUGUAGGAAAUAUUCAUGUAAAUGUCACUGAGAAACUUCUUGCUGAAGUUUUCCAGACUGCUGGUCCUCUUGCAGGAUGCAAGCUCAUCAGAAAGGAUAAGUCAUCAUAUGGUUUUUUGGACUACCAUGAUCGAUCAUCUGCAGCGCUCGCAAUAAUGACACUCCAUGGACGGCAACUGUACGGUCAGGCACUUAAGGUGAAUUGGGCAUAUGCAAAUAGCCAAAGGGAGGAUACAUCAGGCCACUUCCAUAUAUUUGUUGGUGAUUUGAGUCCAGAGGUUACUGAUGCAACUUUAUUUGCAUGCUUCUCGGUCUAUGAUAGUUGCUCUGAUGCAAGGGUGAUGUGGGAUCAUAAAAGUGGCCGCACAAAAGGAUAUGGCUUUGUUUCCUUCCGUAAUCAACAGGAUGCACAGAGUGCUAUCAAUGACUUGACUGGUAAAUGGCUAGGGAAUAGGCAAAUAAGAUGCAACUGGGCAACUAAAGGCUCUGGGUCCAGUGAAGACAAGCAAAUUGGUGAUAACCAAAAUGCAGUUGUACUUACCAGUGGAUCUUCAGAAGGAGGUCAAGAAAAUACUAAUGAGGAUGCUCCUGAAAACAAUCCUGCAUACACUACUGUCUAUGUUGGUAAUCUUUCCCAUGAGGUAACUCAAGCUGAGCUUCAUUGUCAAUUUCAUGCCCUUGGGACUGGGGUAAUUGAAGAGGUGCGAGUACAGAGAGAUAAAGGUUUUGGAUUUAUAAGAUAUAAUGCUCAUGAAGAAGCAGCCUCUGCCAUUCAGAUGGCAAAUGGGAAAAUAAUUCGCGGGAAGCCCAUGAAGUGUUCAUGGGGUAGCAAGCCAACGCCCCCUGGGACAGCUUCAAAUCCAUUACCACCUCCAACUCAACAUUAUCAGAUGCUUCCAUCUGGCAUUAACCAAGGUUACUCUGCGACUGAUUUGUUGGUCUACCAGCGCCAACUUGCGCUGAGCCAGGCUGCUGCAUCUGGCUUAUCAGGUCAAGCGCUGGUACAGCUGACUGGACAACAUGGUCUUGCUGCCGCUUCCAUGGGUUUGAACUCUGGUGGGUCCCAUGCCCUGUAUGAUGGAUAUCCCAACAGUUCUUCAGGUCAACAGCUCAUGUAUUAUCGUUGAGCAGUCACUUUCAACUUAAUUUUAAUUUUUCUGGUGCCAUGGGUACUCUCUCUCAUACUGGGACUUUUGUCUUUGGUUUUUCUAUUUUAAUUUUGAAGUAUGGGUUCUCCGAGAUGUGAGUUGUUCAGGUUAUGUUUAUAAUGCUAUAUGUGAUGAGCAUGUGUUGGGUUAUCUAUUUCAUUAGGUAAAUGAUGUUCUCUCUAUUUGAUUA